AUGCAGGGAAAGGAUGAUCUCAUAGCCUCGCACCAAAGAAUAGUAGCUGAACUGAUGGACAAGAUCUCUGGCUUAGAGGAGAGCAACCGUAGGCUCGUCUUGGCCGUCAGUAAUCCUUCGUCCCAGUUCCCACAGUUGGCGAACGCCUCUCUAGACUACAAGGAUACGGCGGCCGAGUUGGACAAACGCGCUUGCGCUAUGCAGAAGGAGAGGGACUCGGAAAUUCUGGAGUUGAAGACACAGGUCACGUCACUAAUCGCGUCAUUACGAGACUCCAAGAGCAGCACGAUCAACCAAGUUGCCAUUCUCGAGAGUCGGAAGAAGAAGCUGCUGGGCGAUAAGAACCUGUUAAGCGCCAAGGUCGAGAAGGAGAAGAUGCUCGAAUCACGAAAGCUCGUGGCGGAAUGGGAAGGUUAUCAACACAGAGCUGUCGAAAUAGGGGUUGUCAACGCUCAAUUGGCUCUGGAUCUGGACUUUGCCAAGUAUCUGGUAAAGCUUCUGACCACCAACGAGGUCCUCUUCCAGAAACUCAUCGAACUUGGGACUGAUGCUAUUGGUCUGGAGAUCAAAACGGCGCGUCUUACUGACGAGAUUGUUCUAUUGCGAAAAUCACUGCGAGAAUACGAGGAAGAGAAGGAGCUCGAGGAAGCAGUUCUUAACCUUGACAACGAAGAUCAAUCGUCCACCGAAGUAAUUUCUAACGAACAUUCAGACUCAUUCACUUCCAGCAUCGCGUCGGCCACCUCGGAUUUCAUUUUUGUAUGCGCAGAAGAGUCUUCUUCGUCCUUGGAGGUGGUGUCUUCAUCAGCUGGAUGUGAUAAUGGAGCAGAAAAGCAAACUUUCGGUUGGCAAUACCAUUCCGUUGAAAGAUGA